CGCUCUCGUCAGAUUCUAAGAAGGCACAGAGGCAGUGAAAGUCUGACCAAGUGUGAUCCUAGGCCAGCUCCGUGGCCCAGCGGGGCCAGGAAUAGAAGAUGGCAAGUGGAGGCAGCGCCUUCAACUGCAGCCUGCUUCUCAGAUAGAAGAGAUUACACAUAAAUAGACAAUGAAGAAAUCAGAGUUUUAAAAUUGCUGUGGAACUUGAGGUCACCCUGACUCGCUUCGCCUCCUUUUUGUGUAAAUGCUAUGCAGCUGAGCGGCGCUGUUGGAACUUCCUGGUCCACGUGAGGCUGUGCUGCAAGGAUGUUCCCAGGCGACCAGAAUCCAGAGGACCAGAACUCUGUGGAGCAGUUUUUCUCUGAGCUCAUUUUCAGGCUAUUCAAAGAAAAUAAGGUGGAGAUUGCAAGCGCAGUAACGAAGCCAUUUCCUCUCCUUAUGGGCCUCCGGGACCGCGGCUUCAUCCCUGAGCAGAUGUAUGAAGAUUUUCGAGAAGCUUGUAGAAAUCUGGUCCCGGUGGAGAGAGUGGUAUAUGAUGUUCUCAGUGAACUGGAGAAGAAGUUUGACAAGAAUGUUCUGGAUGCCAUAUUCAGCAAGGUCAACCUGAAGGCCUAUCCUGAUUUAGUUGAGAUUUUAAGAAACUUCCAAAAUGUGAUACGUGACAACUUUCAAUACCAAAUUAUUGAUGAAGAAGAGACAAAGGGGGUGCUCAACUUCCAAUUAUACCAUGAACAAGACGACAGCCUACCUAGAGAUAGAAUCGCAGCGCAUCUCAGUGAUGGACAGCAGAAGAGUAUAAGGGAAGAAGAUUCAUUUUGUGACCCACAUGGUACAAUAAAAACCCAGAAAAUGACAAACGAAUGUGCCCAAGAAUCUGAACAAGCAGUGUCCUGUGAACACUUACCUCUCCCAAUGGAUAAUGUUAGAGGAUUAGAAGAUAGACCAAGCUUAUUGCCAUGUGAUAUACAAGUGUCCUGUGAACUUGUAAAUCUACAAAUGGAUGAAGGAGAAGAAUCAGAAGAAAUGCCCAGUUUAGUACCUUAUGAUGGAGAAGGAGAACCAGAGAAGGUGUUCAGCCUACUGCCAGCUGAGAGAAAAGAGGACAGCAAUGCCUGUUCAGAGAUCUGUGAUGCAGAAGAACCCCGGGCAGCCUCAAGCUCCCCACCAAGAUGUGGGCCAGUGUCCUGUGAUCCUGAAGCUCCCCAAAGGACCAACGAAGAAGAACCAGAGGAGGUGCCCAGCCAACUACUAUGUGAUGGAGAAGCAGAAGGCAACAGUGCCUGUUCAGAAAUGUGUGAUGAAGAAGAGCUCCAGGAAGCCUUGAGCCCACCACCAGAAAGUGGACCAGAUAAGGGAGGAGGAGAGCCACCAGCACGUGGAAAUGAGAAAUGUUCCUGUAUUAUGUGCUUCUCAAAAGAUGUGCCAGGAGAUCUGGAAUCAAGGGUUGGAAGUAGCCAGGGACGUGACACAAUGGAUACUGUGGAUAUUGGAAACAACUCUAGUUUGGGAAAACCCAAGAGGAAAAGAAAAAAAAAGAAAGGGCAUUCCUGGACAAGAAAUAGAAGGAAGUGGCAGAGAAACACACAUCAACAAGGGAACAUGAGAGGCAGAUCUAAAGUCCACUUGACUGCUAGUGACAGAGCCCGAAAGAAAAGAGUCCAGUCAAGUGGGUCAAGAAAGUACACAGAUAAAAGUGUAGAUUUUCACUCUCAAAUACUUCCUGUGACUUGUGGUCUGGUGAAGGGGAUGUUACAUAAGAGGAAAUUGAACCGAGGAGCCUUGGUGAAGAGCAUACAGCGUGAAGAUGGAAACUGGCUGACUCCCAGGGAAUUUGAAGUCAAUGGAGGCUUCGCAAGAUCAAAGAACUGGAAGCUGAGUGUACGCUGUGGUGGGAGGCCCCUACGAUGGCUGAUGGAGAAAGGAUUUCUACGUAAUCCUGAAAGAAUUUAUGGCAGGAGAAAAAAGCAGACAAUACUGAAGUCUCCCAACAAUGCCUUAGUAGACCCCUAUCUGGGAAACUCAGAUAUAUGUGAGAUGUGCCGGGAUGGAGGAUGGCUGUUCUGCUGUGAUACUUGCUCGAGAUCUUUUCAUGAGGACUGUCACAUCCCGCCUGUGGAAACUCAGAGGAACCCGUGGAGUUGCACCUUCUGCAGGAUGAAGGAGUCUUCAGGAAGCCAGCAGUGUCACGGGGAGCCUGAGGUCCUGGAGAGGCAGAUGGGGCCUGAGGAGCAGUUGAAAUGUGAGUUCCUCCUCCUGACGGUCUAUUGCCAUUCAGAGAGCUCCUUUUUUGCGAAGAUUCCAUAUUAUUAUUAUAUGAAAGAGGUUUCUGAAAAACUAAAGAAUCCCAUGUGGUUGGACAAAAUUAAGAAGAGACUAAAUGAACAGGUCUACCCCCAGGUGGAAGGGUUUGUGCAGGACAUGCGCCUCAUCUUUCAGAACCACAGGGCAUCUUACAAGUACAAUGACUUUGGCCUAAUGGGACUGAGACUGGAGGCGGAAUUUGAGAAGAAUUUCAAGGAAGUGUUUGCUAUUCAGGAAGCAAAUGAGAACAGUUCACUGGUGUAGUGGAUGCUGGUGGUGCCCCUUUGGGCAGGCUUCUCAACCUCCAGCUGCUGUGAGAGUUCGCUGCUGAUGCCACCCCUCCCCAGAAUAUUGCCUUUGGCCAAAUGGACCCACCCUCACCUGCAAGUUACUCCUCCCUGGAUUGGAGCCGGGCCCCAGCCCCAAGGUGGAGCUAGUCUCCAGCUGUCACCACAUCCUUGCUUAGCUUUUCCCGCCAUAACAUCUUGCUUCCCCCACUUCUCCUAAGAGAACUCUCACAAUAAAUCGCUUACUUAAGAGACUUUA